AUGACUUCCAUGGAAGAAGACGCCGAAAUUGUAAUAUUGGAUGAUUACGAUUCUAUCAAGGCUAUUGAAAAGGAAGGAGUUCAAGUCCAGGGCACUGGAUCUACCCAAGAAGAAAUCCAUUCAUUGGCAAAUGGCAGUGGCAGUCAAGACCGUCAUUGGAACCGAUCAAAGAAGCGGACAUCUUCGGACUUGGAGGAGAUUUCAUUUACAUCAUCAUUAGCUAGAGUGACACAACUUAAGAUUCCUUCAUACGCAAAGUUUCUCCAGGAGAUACUGACUAAGAAAAGGAAGUUAGUAGAUAGCGAGACAAUUGCAUUAACGGAAGAAUGUAGUUCCAUCAUACAAAACAAAUUGCCACCAAAGUUGAAAGAUCCGGGGAGUUUCACAGUUCCUUGCACUAUUGGUAAUGUAGAAUUCUCUAAAGCACUUUGUGACCUUGGUGCAAGUGUUUCAUUGAUUCCUUUAACCAUGGUUAGACACUUGGGGUUGAAAAAGUUACAGCAUACUAACAUUUCCUUGCAAUUGGCUGACAAGUCUAUUAGACAUCCAAUGGGCAUAUUGGAGAUUGUGCUCAUUAAAGUACAGAAAUUCAUUAUUCCUGUUGAUUUUGUUGUUUUAGACAUGGAGGAAGAAGUCAAUGUACCUAUUAUACUUGGUAGACCAUUUCUAGCCACUGCAAGUACAAUAAUAGAUGUUAAACGUGGUAAGUUCAAAUUCCAAAUUGGUCAAGAGGAAGUGGAAUUUGAUUUGAGUAAAGUGGAGAAGUAUCCCUCUUUUACUGACCAUGUUUAUUCUGUUGACAUAUGUGAUGAAUUGGCAUUAGUGAUGAGUCAAGUUAAUCUUGAUGAUGAUUCUCUGGAACUUUGUCUUAAUGGUAUAGGUUUACAAGAGGAGCAAGUUGAAGAAAUGACUGAAUUUUUGCAGGCACAGGUUCCUUACAAAAGGAGAAAUGCAUAUGAGGAGUUAGGGCUGAGCAAAGGGCUACCUCCACCAUCAUGUGAGCAAGCACCACGGCUUGAGUUUAAGCCACUGUCAAAACGCCUCAAAUAUGCGUUUCUUGGAGAAAAAGAGACAUUGCCAGUAAUUAUCAAUGCAGCACUAGAUGAGGAACAACUAGACAAGCUCUUACGUGUUCUUAGAAAGCAUUUAAAGGCUAUAGGAUGGACGAUUUCUGAUAUCAUGGGAAUUAGUCCAACUAUUUGUAUGCACUGGAUUUUGUUAGAAGAAAAUUCUAAGCCGGUGGUUGAAACUCAAAGAAGAUUAAAUCCAAACAUGAAAGAAGUGAGAUGUGAAGAAACAAAUCUUGUACUCAAUUGGAAAAAAUGUCACUUCAUGGUUUGUGAGGGUAUUGUGCUAGGUCACAAAAUUUCUUCAGAAGGUAUUGAGGUCGAUCAAGCCAAGAUAGAAGUUAUUGAGAGAAUGCCUCCACCUAUCAAUGUGAAAGGCAAUCGUAGCUUUCUUGGAUACAUGGGAUUUUAUCGACGGUUUAUUAAGGAUUUCUCCAAAAUUGCUAAACCUUUAUGUGAAUUACUUGCAAAAGAUGUUCCUUUUCACUUUAAUGAUGAGUGUUUACUUGGUUUUAAUAGGUUGAAGAAGGAACUUGUCGCCGCACCUAUAAUAGUAUCACCGGAUUGGAGCUUGCCAUUCGAAUUAAUGUGUGAUGCAAGUGAUUUUGCAGUUGGGGCUGUUCUUGGGCAAAAACAUGAUAAGCGACUUCAUGUCAUUUAUUAUGCAAGUAAAAUGUUAAAUGAAUCCCAAGUCAACUAUGCAACAACAGAGAAGGAGUUGCUAGCAGUGAUUUUUUCAUUGGAUAAGUUUAGAUCGUACUUAGAAUUUGAUUUGGAGAUCAAAGAUAAAAAAGGAUUCGAGAACUUAGUCGCUGAUCAUCUUUCUAGACUGGAAAACAUACCUCACGAAAACCAUUCAUCCAUUAAAGAAGAAUUUCCAGAUGAGUUUUUAAUGGCAAUUUAUAAGUCACCAUGGUUUGGAGUCCCAAAGGCAAUAAUAAGCGAUGAAGGUACUAUGGCUCGCAUAAGGAGGGCUCGUAUUCAUACUCCUACACCAUCAUCAAGUGAAGAACACACACCUUCUUUGCAUGAGGAAUCGCCAGAGGAGAAAUCUCCCUCUCCUCAAUCCCCACCUCGUUCUUGCCGGAAGACCGCAUCAACUAGCCGCGAAGAGCCGCUUCCAGACUAUGAUACCAUGCAAUUCACCUCACUCAAGAAUCAACAGUGGUAUGAGGCCGGUUUAGACAAGGAGAUCAUUGUUGAAAAACAUUUGGCAUCGGAGGUGGAUGACCACUAUAAGAUCUCCACGGCAUUCAAGCGACUCAGAUGGGAGGAUAUACUACAAUUGCCCAAGCAUUACUAUCCAACUCUGGUCCGGGAAUUCUAUGCCAAUGUGGAAGACAAACAGAGCCAUAGUGGUAACCUCAUCGUCUCCUGGGUCUGA